GACUGAUAUUUAACAACACGGUGUAAUCCAACAAACAAAGUAAAAGGAACAAAACUUUGGCUUUGGAAUUUGAGGUGAACGGAUCACAGGGCGUUUUAUUCUGAAAGCAUCGACCGGAUGUUGUGCUGGUGUGCGGUGACGCGCUUUUGAUGCUGCUGGAUGCGGAGCUGCAGUGCGGACAAACAGGCUGGAGACGGAGAACCUGACACACACACACAGCCGGGCCGGGUCAGCACCACUCGGGGUUCUGGGUCUGGUUUCUCCCGGAUCUGGUCCUGCAGAAGGGAGGAUCCAGUCUGCAUCCUCCCAUCCUCCUCCUCCUCCUCCUCCUCCACCCAUCUGCAGCGGCGGAGUACCGGAGGAGGACCCGGACCCGGACGAGCAGGUUUUUAAUGAGCGCUCCCGGGGAAAUAGAAGCAGGUCUCUGGUCCUUGUGGACCCGGUGCGUCCCGGUCCUGCAGCGGGUGUGCUCUGCAUCGCGCGGCCGGUCCGUGGACGCAUCCGGUCUGGUUUGAUACCGGGGACCGUCAGAGGAGAAAUAAAUGGUGCUUUAGUCCUGCGGGAGACUGAGGCCCAAACCCCGCCUCCCCCUUAGAGGAACGGUGGGUUUUCUGGACCAGGACGUUUUGUGCCGAAAUAAAAUCCCAGAUGAAGAUUCCCAAAAGGCGGAAAAGGAGCGGACGGUGCGCCAGAUAAAUGGCUCUUUUAAGCUGGGAGCUGCUCGUGUUCUGUCUGGCUGGCAGAUGCAGUGCCUAGUCCCCGGCCUCCAGGACAACGCCAACAUGAACGGGACGUCCGAGCAGGCCGACAUCCUGCCGCCAAACUGCAUGGUCAAAGACCGAUGGAAAGUGCUGAAGAAGAUCGGGGGAGGCGGGUUCGGGGAGAUCUACGAGGCCUUGGACCUGCUGACGCGGGAAAACGUGGCGCUGAAGGUGGAGUCGGCCCAGCAGCCCAAACAGGUGCUGAAGAUGGAGGUGGCGGUGCUGAAGAAACUGCAGGGUAAAAACCACGUCUGUAAGUUUAUUGGCUGCGGAAGAAACGACAAAUUCAACUACGUAGUCAUGCAGCUUCAGGGGCGUAACCUGGCCGACCUGAGGAGGAGUCAGCCCAGAGGGACCUUCACCAUGAGCACGACUUUGCGCCUCGGGAAGCAGAUCCUGGAGUCCAUCGAAGCCAUCCACUCGGUGGGCUUCCUGCACCGAGACAUCAAACCGUCGAACUUUGCGAUGGGCCGGCUUCCCUCCACCUACAGGAAGUGCUACAUGCUGGACUUCGGUCUGGCGCGUCAGUACACCAACACCACCGGAGAGGUCCGACCGCCGAGGACGGUGGCGGGUUUCAGAGGGACGGUCCGCUACGCCUCCGUCAACGCUCACAAAAACAAGGAAAUGGGUCGCCAUGACGACCUCUGGUCAUUGUUUUACAUGUUGGUGGAGUUCGCCGUUGGACAGUUGCCGUGGCGAAAAAUCAAAGACAAGGAACAAGUCGGUCAGAUUAAAGAGCGAUACGACCAUCGGAUGCUGCUGAAACACAUGCCUUCGGAGUUUAACAUCUUCCUGGACCACGUUCUGGCUCUGGACUACUACACCAAACCAGACUACCAGCUGCUGAUGUCGGUGUUUGAGAACAGCAUGAAGGAGCGAAUAAUCACCGAGAACGAGCCUUUCGAUUGGGAGAAGGGCGGGGGCGAUGUCACGCUGUCCACCAGUACCUCCACCCAACCACAGCACAACACCCGACCCACCGCCGCCAUGGUGGGAGCCAUCGUGACGCCGGUUCCCGGAGAUCUCCAGCGAGAGAACACCGACGACGUUCUGCAGGACGAACAUCUCAGCGACCAGGAGAACGCCCCGCCGGUCCCGCCCAGCCGCCCCCCCGGGGAGACGGGCGUCUCCAACGCGGGGGAGCCCGGGGAAGCCUGGGAGGACACGGACUUCAACCGCAACAGACUCAGGAUCAGCCUGAACAAGGGUGCUCAGGAGGAGGAGGCGAGUCGGGGGGCGUGUCCCGUGUCGCCGGUACGAGGCGGAGUCCCGGAGUCACCGACGGGUCCGGGCCGGUCCUUGCGGUACCGCCGGGUCAACAGCCCGGAAUCCGACCGCCUGUCCGCUGCUGAGGGCCGGGCCGACGCCUACGGACAGAGGUCCAGGAUGGACAUGCUCGGCUCUCCUUCCCGUCACGUCUACUCCUCUCAGCCGGCUCAGAUGCUGUCCGUCGACCCCGGUUGCCGCGGCGACCGGCAGGCCAGCGGCCGGCAGGAAGCGUCGGUGGCGUCGGUGGACCAGGAGGCGCACAGCAACGCCUUCAUCCGCUCCGUCCCGCUGGCCGAGGAGGAGGACUUUGACAGCAAGGAGUGGGUGAUCAUCGACAAAGAGACGGAGCUGCGGGACUUCCAACCCACCACGUCGGGAACCACUGACGAGGAGCCCGAGGAGCUCCGCCCCCUGGAGGAGCAGGAGGAGAGGAGGAGGCUCAGGGCAGCAGGAGGGGAGCUGGUGGUCCGUCCGAAGACCCACAACAGGGACAGCAGCCGGGGGAUGCUGACGUUAACGGAGGAGGAGGCGUCGAGAAGGAGCGCCGGGAGCCCCGCCCAGUCGCCCUGCCACUCGCUGCCGUCGGGACGCCCCCGCCGGAGAGAGUCGGAGCCCAUCGGACCUCAAAGACCGGCGUUGUCGCCCACGGAGCAGACCAACCUGUCGCCGCCUUCGCCGGACUACCGUACAAAGGGCCAGAGCGACGAGAAGGAGCACUUCCACAUCCUCCCCCAGCUGCAGGUCAAGAGGGCCGACUUCCUCGCCGUCAUGCUCACCGGUACCCUUCCUCAGCGCCGGAGCUUCGCCGCGGCCGACGAGGAGGUGCAAGAGGCUCCGGGGCCGCGGGACGACGACGUCACGAAGAGCGAGUCCAACAGCGAGGCCAGUCAGAAGAGCACCGAGCGCAGCCAGGACGCCGCGCCCUCCACGCUGAUGGCCGAGGACCAGCGGGGCCAGAGGGAGCACGCCUCGGCCGCCGACGCGGACCCCGACCUGGAGGACGCCUCCAAAACCCUCGUCCUCUUCUCGCCGGGAGACACUCGGAAGUCGCCCUCCGGCUGCGAUCACGCCCUGGAGGCGGAGCUGGCCACGCCGUGCGCUCUGGGUUCCCGCGGCGACCGCCACCUCCUGGUGGGCGAGGCCGCCCCGCCGGAACCGCCCGACGCCGGCCGCUCGUCCCCGGCUCUCCGGUCGGACCUGAGGCCGUCCACCCCCAUCGCCCCCGCGUCGCCGCCCUUCACCAAGGUCGAGCGCACCUUCAUCCACAUCGCAGAGACGUCGCACCUCAACGUCAUGUCGUCCAACGGUCACUCUGCCCGGGAGAACGACACCUCGAAGGCGUCGGCCGCAGAGGACGACGCCCGCGAGCACGUGGCGGCGGCGGCGGCGGAGACGCGAGAGCCCCCGGAGGAGUCCGUUCUGGAACAAACCAGACCGGUCGGCGAACGCCUCGAGACCGAGGACGUCCCGUCGCCCGCUCUGGUCCGGUCGUCUGAGCCCGUCCCGGCAGCCGCGUCGCCGGUUCUCCAACCCACAGAUCCGUCGCAGGAGCCCGAGAAACCGCCAUCGCCCGAGAAACCGCCAUCGCCCGGGGAAGAAGCCGCCCAGCUUCAAUUCCCCGGAUCGGAACCACCGGCCUCCACGAAACCACCCCGGAUCCGAAGCCGAAUCCCAGUGCUGAUCUCGGAGGAGGAGUCGGGCUCGGAGCGGUCCUCCUCCCUCUCGGCCCGGGUUCGGCUCCAGCAGCGGGCCAGGCAGCUGGACUUGGCGCGCGUGCUGGUCCAGAAGCAGCAGGGCCGCUGGAUGAGGAGGAGGAUGCUCUCCGGGACGUCCUCGUCCAUGUCCUCCGGGGACGACGAGCGUCGGAGGGCUUCUGAAACUCUGUCCACCGCCGGCUCCGAGGAGGACACGCACACCUUGGACGAGUCCCGCAGGGGCACCCGUCUCAAACCGACUGAAGAGCAGGGCUCCAAGGAGUGCCGGAGCAGGAUCCCCAGGCCCGUCACCCCCAUCAAGAGGCCGCCGGCCGUGCUCGCCGCCGCGGCUCCUUCCCCGCUCUCCUUGCCGGACUCCAGCACUUCCAAAGGAGCGUCCUCCUUCGCCAACGGGAAUCAGAAGAUAGGACAGAACACUGUCAGCACUCAACGGAAAUCCAAACCCGGCGCCCCCAGGUCCUCCUCCUCGUUCGCCCGUCCAUCCGCCGGCCCGUCCGGCAGCCCUCGGAUGCCCCUGCGGGUCCUGUUUGGCACCCGGCGCAGCCUUAGCUCCAAUCACUGCAGGACUGACAGCCCCUCCCCUCAGAGAGCGUGUCCGUCCAGGCAGCCGCUCUCGGUGCGAACCCCGACCGUCCCGGUGCUACCGCCCAGGACUACGACCGCCAUGCGGCGCAGCGCCUCGCAGGAAGCCACCGCCCAGACCUCCUCCGGCACGCCGCCCGCCAGGACCAGGCCCAGAGCGCCCGGGGCGGCCAAGGGGAAGCCGCACGCCAAGGAGAAGGUGGCGCCCGCUAGAUAAUACAAAGAGACUCGGGAGCCGAGACGUGUUUGUGUAUAAUCAGUAAUCAGUCUUCGGACACGCUACGCCUCAAAGGUUCUCACCUGAUUCCCCGUUAGACUGUGACUGUAGACAGUCACCUCCUUCCAUUAAGUUAAUCAACACGGACCACGUUUGUUUGUUCUUUUGUGUGCCAAGGACAGCUUGCCGAACUAUCUUCAUGGGCUUCCAGUAAUCUAGAAUGACCGUCGUACAAGGGCGUCGCUGCCCAGGUGCUGCGGAUCGUCUGCUGCGCCCUCGUCGAACCCCGAUUCAACGUCUUUCUGGAGCUGCGAUAUCGUGGCCUCUAACAAGUCCGGCUUCAGAACGCCUCACCUUCCACAUUACUCCCAGCUCGUCCACAUCUAUACUCCUCCUCUAGUGACAGUACCCUGCUUGGUUGCAUGGUGAAGUAUAUCACAUAUACGUCGAAUCCCUAAAGAGAAAAAAAAAAAGAUUUGCAUAAAUCUGUACCUUUAAAUGAUUUGAUAUUGUUCUCCUGCUCCUAUUGGGGUGAACAGGCGAAAAAAGGACCAAAUUGGGCUGGUUUGAAUGGCCGAAUAAUGCUAAUAUGAUAAUGGAUUCCUAACUAUAUCCUGUACUUACUAUAGUCUUGAAUUGAAAGAAAAGUUGGAUGUGAACACAAAAUAAAUCGCUCUGCUGCUCCUCCUCUUCCUCCUCAUGGUGUGACAACGGGCAUGCUUCAAUCAUUCGAUUUUCUGGGUGUUUUUAUUUUCCUUAUGCUCAGAAUUGUAUAUAAUAGAAUCAUUUGCCAUAAAGACAUCUUUAUUUUUUAUCUUGCCAAGCAAAGUGUAAAGUCUUUAACCUUCAACCUGUUCUGAUGUGUUGGCACUCUGCCUGUUUCCUACGCAUGAGAAAAACAGGGUCAACCGUGAGAGGGAGUCGUACCUGCUUGGAUUCUGCUGACGGUGCGUAAGGUGUGAUGGUCGUCGGAGCCCGUGUUGUGUUUGUUGGGGGUUGAUGGGCACUGAGCUGUGAAGUAAAGUCUUGGUCGUGUG